AUGGAAGACAACAGAUACGGCUACGACCGCCCCGGCGGUGAGGCCAACUCCUACUACUCCGACGGACAGCAAGGCCGGGAAGGAUACGGCUCGAACCAGUAUGGCAAUGAUCGCAACGAGCGUGAGGAGCACGAGGGCGGAGGCGACCGUGGCAUCAUGGGCGCACUGGUUGGUGGUGCAGCCGGCGCAUAUGGAGGCCACGAGCUUGGCGGCCGGAUGGCGGGCCACAGCAAGACUGGUACUGUGCUCGGUGCCGUCAUGGGUGCCUUUGCCGGCAGCAAGGCCGAGGGUGCCAUCGACGACUGGCGUGAUGACAGGAAGGAGAAUGAGAUGCGAGAGGAUAUGAGAGAGGACGACGAGAGAAGGCGAGAGGAAGCUGAGCGGAGGCGGGAGGAAGACGAGAGGAGACGAGAGGAUUACAACCACGAAAACCAGGGCUACAACCGCCCGACGGAUUACGGCUCCAACAGCCGCAGCAUCGGCGGCGGCGGUUUCGCCGGCAACUUCAGCUCGUCCUCCCAGGGCGCCCGUCUCGAGCCGUACGGCGAUUACAACCUGACGGUCGAGUGCAGGACCCCAGAGGGUUCAUUCCGCGUGAGCACCAUCAGCCUGAACCGGUACAUCGGGAACUCCAACGGCAGCUUUUGCUGGUCGGCCGGUGGCGGUGGCGGCGAGACUACCAUGGUCGUGCAGCAGGGCGAAUACCUCCGGGAAAUUGCUGCUCGGUUCAACUGCUCGUAUGAGGACAUUGCCCGCAUCAACAACAUCGACAACCCCGAUAUGAUCUACCCGGGACAGGUUCUCCGUCUCCCUGGCGGUGGCGGCGGUGGCGGCAACUUCGGCGCGUCGGCGCAAAAUGUCCGCCUUGUCGACGAUGGCCGCAGGCUCGAGGGCGAGCUUCGUCGCAGUGACGGCGGGUGGGACGUGAGCUCGAUCAUCCUAGACGAGAGGAUAGCGAAUGACAACGGCAAUCUGCGGUUCAUCUAA